AAGAUCAAGAAACAGCUGGUGCAGAUGCGCAGCCUUGCGUCAAUUGGAGAGGAAGGUUCUAAUCAGAAUCAUGUUGUUUAUCUUCCCUCUCAGUCACUAUUCAGCUCAUCCCUGCAAGAAGACAUCACUUGCUUUGACUUCUCCAUGUAUAAUGUGCGCAAUGAGGACAGAAUGAAGGAAGUUAUGAACAAGGAAGACGGUGGUCCGAGCACUGUUAGAUUAGAACUGGAGGAAGACUCCCUCAACAACCACGAGAGUAUGAGCGUGUUGAUAUCCGUCAUCAAACACUUGUGCAAGACAUUCCCCAGCAAUACUGCCAAAGAACAGCGUCCCAAACCCCCACAAUGGAUGGAACAUUUGCGGGCUUCGUUAACUGCUCCCGACCAACCUGAUAACUGCCGAGCUUUCAUUGUCAAGCUUAUCCUCAACUGUCAAAGCCACUUCAAGGAAUACGCUCACUUCUGGAUAUCACCCAUCAUACAGUGUGUGAUUGAUAACUGUUUUGGAGUGGAAAUGAAUUACUUAGUGCAUGACAUUGUUCGUAUGUUUUACAAUUGGCGUGCAGUUGCUGUACCUGACUCAAGAAUAGAAGAUGAGUUGAAAGCAUCUGAGUUUUUACGUAUCCUUGUCAUGAGAUCAGAUAAUGAACAAGGGAUUAUUGCAAGAUACAAUGUAGAAGUUGUGAGGAUUGUGGUGACGAUGUGGAAGAGAAUUGUGCAAGUACCUUACCAAGAGUUGCUGGACCUGCUGAGGCCCUCUGUAUCUGAAGAUGCAACUUCCACCACUGGCCGUGCAGUGGUCGACGUCGGCAUAUCUCUCGCUGACGUCUUCAUCGUUAACAAUAUUCUACCAUUUAACCAGACUGGGAAAACUACAUAUUAUGAAUAUCUGUUAGUCCAUCACCAGAGAGCUGAUAAAAAAGUCUAUGAACCCUGUGCUACGGUGAUUGGCAGAAUAUUAAGUGUGUUGAGCAAGGAUGGGGAACUUCAAGGAGAAGACUUAGAAUUUUUUCACAAGGUCGUGGAAUGCAUUAAUCCAGGAAAGGGAAUGGAAAACGACAAAUUUAUCACCUGUCUCCACAAAAUACAAGCCUGGUACCCUGAAAUUGUCAAAGGAUUUGAAGCACAGUGUAUCAGCUUGAUGAAUUUGCCGUCAAUCUUCUCUGUUAAGACACUGGAAAUUCUGACGACAGCAUUAAAGUUUGACUUCCGUCACGAAGCAUUUUCCAUGAUCACUGGUCUGCCUCGAAUGGUUCUGGAUGAAAGCAACCCAGACAGGCAAGUGGCAGCUCUAGAACUGAUCAAGGAGCUUCAGCCUCACCUCACUCCAUCACAGAUGAAACAGCUGUUCCCAGCUGUGGUGUCUGUGCGUAACCACAAACGAGUGGAGACCAGGAAUGUUGUGUAUGAAAUUGUCUCUUGGAUAUACGACAAUUACAGACAUAUGGCAGAUGAAGAUGCCGUAGCUCAGGUGAAGGAGGCCAAGCUAGUGUUGAUAUCAGGGAUGGUUGACCCUGACCAAAAACUGCAAAAGAAAUAUCACACUUUCUGGAACUCCAAUGACCGAUUGUCCUCGCGUGGCUGGGGUCGUCUUGUAGACAUUCUGCGGCUUCUGUACUCUCCGUCUUGCGAGGCUGCGUUUCUCACUAUCAGCACUACUCUGCUGCUGGAUCUGUGUGGCCAGACUGAUGAAUACAACCGAACCAUCUUCGAUCAGCCUCUGUCUGCCUGCAAGUUUGAGAAGUACAACGUGUCUGGAUCAUUCCGCACUCAACAUGCUACGUUUGUGCCGAUGUUUGCCAACACCUUGGCCAGCCAAAUAAACUCACUGUCCUUGGGCUCGUUUGAGAUCAACUUCCAGAUUAGAGCUACACAGGAACCCUCACCUUCAUACUCUUCCACUCUCCAACCUUCUUUGCCAAUAUCCAGUGUGCAAGACCAGAGUUUGUACAGUUUCGCAGGACCCAGCACCAGCAAAGCACAGUUUGGGACAAUCCACAAACCAGGAUCAAGUUUUGGUUCUGACCAUCUAGUCACAGCUGAUAAUACAGACGGAGAGCCAAACACUUUAAGAUUACCAACUAGACUGCUGUUAAAUAAAGACAAGUUAAGACACAAGUAUGCUGAGCGUAACAGACAGCAGUCAGCGCAGGUGCAACGCCACAAGGCUGAGCGGCAGAAAAGAUCGGAGAAUGAUGUGACGCUCAUGAGAGACUACCGUCGGGGUGACCUACCAGACAUUCAGAUACCCUGUAGUGACGUGGUGAUAGCUCUCAGAUCUCUAGCCAAGAGGGACCAGCUGAUUGCCCGCCAGCUGUUGGUGGCCAUCUAUAAGGCCCUGGUGGACACCAAUGUCAACACAGACUUGUCAGGAGUCUCGUCAGCUGUGGAUGAUAUCUUGCAGACCUCCACCAGCCAUGAGCCGUCCCUCAUAGCCACCAUGCUGGAGAUGGGUCUGGUGCGACCUUCAGAGUGCCGUUCUCCGGCCAGCAUCAUUGCAGAAGUCAGCAAGAAUAGUCACCAGAUGUCAGUUGGGGCGCUGCUAGUGGAGGCAAAACUCAUGUCGGAGGAAACUCUUCCCCCUCCCCACAAGCGGGUCAGGGUGAAUCAUGACAUCAACUACAACGACUGGAUGUACCUGGCAGAGAUCUACCACAGUCUGGAGGAGAAGGAUGUGGUACAAGGACUGUUUGAGGACAAGAUCGCAGAGGCUUGCAGUAGAGAUGUGCGAGAAGCUCUACAGGCUGAGGAUCAACAGAGGUGGAAGAAGGCUCAAAAGAAGUACACUGAAUGUCUUCAGUCUAAUUCAGGCACAGCUGCGGAAAACUUCUUAUACGAAGCUUCAUUUAAGUGCUGUGCUCAUCUGUCAGAAUGGAAGGAACUGAACAAAUCACUGAAGGAAACUCAACUGCAUAACAACCUGGAGCAAGUUUGGGAUGACAACUGGAAACAAGACCACUUGUUGCCGUGGCUGUUUCUAUCAGAGAUACAUUAUACUCAAACUACAAAUGUGUUGUCAGUGACUAAAGACUUUAACUCUGCCCUCAAAUGUUGGCUGGAAGAUCCAACUAAGAAAGCUCAUAUUGAGUCAAAGUUGGCAGACAUGCUGAGCCUACUGCUGGUGGUGAACGGAGAUGUACCAAGAGCCAAACUGGUCAGUGACGCCAGUGUGAUGCAGUUCCUGGCAGUCUGGCAGCAGCUGGACUGUCUCAACAACAACCUGCGAGGUUCUCACUUGCUCAACGUUCAUAGGCUCAUGGAUACUGACCGCUUCCUCGAGUUAGCUUCUGAUGUGGAUCGGUCCAAGAAAGUCUUCCGCCUUGUUGAACAGUGGAAGAAGAGCUCUCCUUCUAAAACUGACAAUCUAGUAUCGUGGGAGACUCAGUCUGUGUAUAGGAAUAUUUAUGCUAAGAAGAUAGAAGACGAUCUUAAAAGGGAAGGUAAUCCAACAACUAGUAUACAUCAAUUAAGGACACACAACUAUUUGAAAACUUUGGAUUGUGCUCUCAAACAAAAGAAUUUCUAUGUUGCACGAAGAUACUUGGACAAAUGCAAAUAUGAGAUGAAAGGCAGUUUGGACAACCGGCUUCUUCUCUGCAACAGCAAAGUUAAGCUAUUGAGGGCCGAGCUUGAACGUAAUGAACUUGAUUGUUUUUCUACUGAUCAGAAGAAGAAUGAAAUAUUCAACAGUCAAGUGGAACACAUCAUGAAAGCUUGGGACCCUCUAGAUAAACUGAGGGAGCAAGAUGCCAGUGGUUUGCUAGACCAUCCCUUGAACAUAGAGCUUCACUUCCACACAGCAGAAGUUUACCAGACUCUCCUGGCUGUAGCACAACAACGUCCAUCAGGACUAGACAACUUGGAGUCAGCGACUGUCGAGAAACUCCGCUUGGAGCUGGGAGAUGGGAGUGUUGAAGCAAGACUAAAACACAGAGUGGUGGAUUGUCUUGGACAGGCCGUCGCAGCAGCUGAGAAAAGACCACCUUCCGAGUGUGAUGUCUUGGCUGAUGCAUAUCUCAAACUUACAGUCUUCUGUCAUGAGAUUGAUGAUUCACAAUAUCGAGACAAGUUGAUACAGUCUUUGUUGAGGUCAAUGAAGUACGGAUCCAAAGAAGCUCGUAUUCUCUUUCCUUGUUUACUGGACACUUCCCUGGCUGACCAUAGAGAUCUCUUCAUGUCUGAGUACAAGCAGGUGCCAGAGUGGAUGUUCCUGUCAUGGGUGGCUCAGCUGUUGGCACACCUGGACACUGAGGUGGGACACGUAGUGGCACCACUGUUGGUAGACUUGGCCAAGACAUACCCUGCAGCUCUACAGUUCCCCUUCCACCUCAGCAAGGAGAUGUACCAGUACAAACAUCAUGCCACUAGAGACACUGUUAAUCAACUCAGUGAUCUCCUGAAGAUGGAUCAGACCACAAGUGAUUUGCUCAGUGGACUGUCAUGUGUGUGUCAGCCUCACGGCUGUCUCAUGUAUCACAUAGAGAUGCUCAGAACUGUGCUCACACAGAACUUAGGAAGUGAUGCUUUUAAUGAAGCUUAUGAAUUAAUGAAGAAAGAAGCGUUUCCUCCUAAACAAGAUGAUAAAAUAAAAGGAAUAGCUUUCAACAGUGUACAAAAGUUGACUGAUGAAUUGGAGAGUCUUUACAGCCAGUAUAUGAACAAAACAACUUCAACUGAUGAAUUUAUCAAACAACUUGGCACUCUUUAUAUGAAGGCGAGAAAUGAUAAGAAGAAGUUCAAAGGUUUUGAGAUGGCUGCCUACAGUCCAUGGUUAAUGAACGGAUACAAAGGCAAUGUUGAGAUCCCUGGACAAUACACAGGACAGAGUCGACCUCUGCCCAAUCACCAUGUGACCAUCUCAUCCUUCAACCGUUUUGUGAAGUCUCAAGAUUCGUUACGUAGUCCAAUCAAGAUCACCAUCCUCGGCAAUGACGCCAAAGAACACCCUUUCCUGGUCAAGUUUGGUGAAGACCUGAGGCAGGAUCAGAGGAUUCAACAGCUGUUUGGCCUCAUGAAUCAGCUGUUGAGUGCAGAUGUCACUGCAAGCAGACGACAGCUCUCUGUACAUACAUAUGGUGUUGUGCCUCUGAAUAACAGAUUCGGAAUCAUUCAAUGGGUAGAAAAAACAACAACCUUAAAAGAUUUUAUGACAAGUGCAGUACCUAUAGAAAAUAUAGAUGCUGCUCAACACAUCUACCACCGUCAGCACUUUGGCAGAUUUGAAAAUGAUAGUGUCAAGUUUUAUAAAAGAGUUGAGCGAGAGGAUUCUAUAAAAAUGUAUAACCUUGCUGUCAAUAAACUUCCAACGUUUAUGCUGCGAGAUGCUGUGCUGAGGUUGUCCAUCAGUCCUGAGGCCUUUAUGCAUCUUCGGUCUACAAUGUUGACGGAUCACUCAUGUCUUAGCAUCUGUCAGUGGUUGUUGGGUAUUGGUGAUCGCCAUCCCUCUAAUACUCUGGUUUGUAAAGACACGGGACGUCUGUUGGGGAUAGACUUUGGACAUGCGUUUGGUACGGCCACGCAACUGCUGAGUGUCCCUGAGCUGAUGCCUUUCCGAUUGACUCCUCAGUUACUCAACUUAGCUGCUCCAUUUCAAACCACAGGUUUGAUCAAAGAGUCCAUGGUCCACACACUGCGAGUGUUGAGAGAAAACAUGCGUCUGCUGUUGGCAACUAUGACUGUGUUCAUCCUAGAGCCCUCGGUAGAUUGGAUGAAGGCUGCUCGAAAACAUGUUGCUUAUAUGGCUGAUGAGCCAAGUGAGACUGGGGAUUGGUUCCCACAACUGAAGAUCUCCCUGGCCCGUCGCAAGCUUGAGGGUGCCAACCCUAGGAGGAUGGUGGAGGAGGACCUGAGACUGGGCCAUCAGACAAAACCUCACUAUGACAACCUGCUGCGGCUGUUGUAUGAUGGGACAGACGACGGGGAACUGAGGGACGAGUUGUCUCCCAGGCAUCAGGUGGAGUGUCUCAUCGAUCAUGCCACAAACAAACACAUCCUCAGCAAAACCUGGUCAGGCUGGGGAUCUUGGAUGUAACAUCAUACCAUGUGUGAUUUUGUAAGUUUGUUUCAUAUAUUGCAUUUAAGAAUUCUUGAAAAUUUUCAUCAAGUCAUAAAAUUGUAAAUUCUUAUGUUUCAUGAUAAUUAAUAGGCCUAACAAAACAAGUCAUAACACUGUGAUUUUCUAUUUCCAUAACGUGGAACUUGUUGAUUAAUUAAACUCUUGUUAAGUGUUGUUAAAUAUUGUCUUUGUAUUUGCGUCAAUUAUAUGUUAUUCCCCCUCUUCGUAUUAUUUGUGAAGGUCAAUGAAAGGUAGGGUCAAUGAAAGAAAGUGCCAAUAAAGUUCCUAUUAUUUAGGAUGCUUAUUAUCUUCCUGAAUUUUUACAAU